CCUGCCCAUUCCCACGUUCCCGGAGCGUUUUCCUCGAAAAUAACCGGGAUGCUCCGUCUCUUUCCAGCCCCGGAUCCGUGGGAAUUCUCCCCGUGUGUGGGGUCGCUCCAGGGGCUUCCCCGGCUCCCACUGGAGAGGAAUUUUUCCUUAAGGAAUAACGGCCUCUUCCCGAGGGAUGGAGCCUGGGAAGGGAGGGCCGGCAGGGAAUCCAGGGAAGCCGGAAGCGGGAAAACGGGAUCCCCCCCACGGAGUGCUGGCCCAGCUGGAAGUGCUGGAAGCUCGGGAUCGCCGGGAAGCCGUGGAGCAGGAGGAGAGGGAGCAGCGGGAAGAGAGGGCGGCCCUGCUGGAAUCCCGGGCGCGGGAAUUGCGGCUCCGGAGGGACGAGCUGCGGGAAAAGCUGGAGCGGCUGGAAAAGGGGGGGCUCGGGAAAGCGGGAAUGCCGCCGGAUCCGGCUCAUCCCAACCCUCGGGCCGUCCUGGAGUGGAGGAUCCGGAGCCUCAAGGCCCUGCUCCAGGUUUUCCACCUCACAGGGAUCUCUGGGAAGCUCUCCAAGCGGGGGCUGUGCCUGACCCUCAGCACCUCCUACGAGGGAUCCCACCUGGAUUCCUUCCACCUGGAGCUGCUGCUCCGGCCGGAAGUUCGGAUCCAGCGUCAUUCCAUCCCCGCCUUCAUCCCUCUGGAGCAGCUUUCCCGGCGCUUCCUGGCCACGGAUCUCCGGCGCUUCCUGGCCCUGCUCUCCCAGCACCUGGAGGGAUAUUCCAGCAGGAGAUUCCAGGCUGACCAACUGCAGGAGCGCUUUUCCGACUGGAUCCAAGGAACUCCGCAGCGGAAUUCCCUCUGCAACCUCCUGAAGUUCAGCUACAGCCUGUCCAGGAACAGCCGGACAUUCCCGCUCCGGGCGCGGCUCCUCUACCAGGAUCCCCUUCGGAGCCUCCCCACGGAAGUCACCGUGUCCUGCUCCCCGGACGCUCCGGCGGCGCUGGCGGCGACGGCGUCGGAGCACUCGGAGCUCUUCCGGCGCGCGGCGCUCCACAGGGCAUUCCAGACCUUCGCCGGCACCCACGGGAAUCCCUGAGCCCUCCCUCCCCUCCGGGAGCCCUCGGGAAUUCUCCCCGGCUCCGCGUUCCCCGCGGAUCGGCGGCUUCGGAUCCCGGAGCCUCUUCCCUCGUCGGCGCCGCGGAAUUCCCGCUUCCGGCCAUAAAAAAAAAAAAACCCCUCGGGUUUGGAGCGGGAGAUGGGGGUUAAAACUCCCGGGAUUUCUGUGGGUUGGGAUGGGAACAACAACCCCGUGGAUCAGCAUUCCCGGAAAAAGGUGGAUCGGCUUCCCUGCACUUAUCCGGCAUUCCCGAAAAAAAAGAAGGGAGCGCACGGAGUCAUCCCCGCCCGCCACGUCCGGGGAAAAGGCCGGAAUUCACGGAGUUCAGGGCCCCCGGGUGGGAUCUGCGACCCCUCCCUCCCCACAUUCCCGGAGCUUCCCAGAAAAUUCCGCCCCGUCCCCGGCUUUCCACGUUUCCCUCUUCCCUCGUUCUGCUCCAGGCCUGGAUCAGGUCCUUCACCCCUUCCCGGUUUUCCGCGGCGCCUCCGUAAGUUGUCCGUUGAAGUUUCCCGUUCCCGAAAUUUUGGCAUCCGAGGGGAAAAAAAUCCCCCUUUUUUUUCCUCCCUCAAGAAAUCCCGGUUUUCCUUAAACCCCCGAUGUGGAAUAAAACGGG